GCUAAAUCCACAAUUAGGUACUGUGGGCCAGCGUUUGGUUUGUACUGUAGAGAGGGGGGGGGGGUCGGUCGGGGUUCAAAACUGUGUCACACUGGCUGUCAAGAGGAUCCCUUUUCCCUUUUGAGCUCAGAAGUUCCCCUUCUUCAGCUCGGAUGUCUAAUCAUGUACAAGUGUUUUUGAAAGGUCUUUUCUCCGGACAUGUUUUUGCGAAGUGUGAACAAGACAUUCGGUGACUAACAUUCCCACCAUACGUACAACUCGUCUCUAUCGAGUAGUAGUAGUAGUAGUAGUAGUAGUUGAAGAACCCGAGCGAACAAAGAAACACGGACGGAGUUGUUCCUUUCUUUUCCCCUCUCAUGGCUGGAACCAAAUGGAACCAGCCCAUCAGCCCGAACAACGGGCUUGCCUCUCCGUCCCUCGAAGUAGAAGAAGAGGAUGGAGAAGUGGUGAAAGCUACCAUUUUUGGUUGGACCAAGACCCACAGUGCGCCAGUCGUCCAUGGUCCCAACGGCAACGACGACGACGCCCUUCACUUAUCGAAAUUAAGAUUAUGUGACAAUCCCAGUGAAACCUAUCAUGUGCCAAAUAUAAUCCCAAGUCUUCGGAAGCGCUCCUUGCCCCAUCCAAUACUAGUCGGGAUGAAUGAACGGUUGAAACAGGCCAAGGGCCUGGUGUAUUGCACGUUGUGGUACCUCUCCAUCAUGGUGGGUUACUACUUCCUCUACGCCCCAUUGUUGCCGCUACUCAUUAUCAAUCGAAAGUGGUAUAGAAGGGCUACGGAUGUUCUGUACACCAUUUGGGAGUCGUUCAAUGUGUCCUUAUUAGAAAUCGUGUACGGAGUGCGUUUUUUCGUCUCCGGUGACGCCAUUUGUUCCAACGAAAACAGUCUGAUCAUCUUAAACCAUCGAACCCGAGUCGAUUGGAACUUCCUUUGGGGCGUGUUGCUUCAUUCUUCUGUUCCACAAUCACACAAUGCCAAAUUGGUCCUGAAACAAGAAGUCAAGCAAAUUCCCGGUGUGGGGUGGACCAUGCAAAUGGCCAGGUUCUUGUACAUCACCAGGAAGUGGCAAACGGAUGAGAUCAAGAUGGGACAGAUGCUGGACCAUCUUUCGGCUCACUCUAGUGCACCAUUUCAGUUGGUUCUUUUUCCGGAAGGAACCAAUCUGACCAAGGAGACCAAAGCCAAGAGCGACCAAUUUGCAAUCAAAAAUCAACAGGAACCAUUUGCAUAUCUACUUCACCCAAGAACCACAGGCUUCAGUUUCCUGGCCAGUCGUUUGCGAGAAAAUCAAUCAUUAAAUGCCAUUUAUGAUCUCACCAUGGCCUAUCCUGACGAGGUACCUGAAGAUGAACGGUCCAUGGCCCAAGGGGUCAUGCCCAGGGAGGUCCAUUGCCAUAUAAAACGGUACAAACCCAACGAUCUUCCCACCACUCUCCUGGGAUUGGACAAAUGGCUCCAAGAGCGUUGGAACGAGAAGGAACAGCUCUUGGAAAAGCUCUAUGAGCAACGCCUCAGCUUCCCGGCCUAUUCUAGUCAACAAACCAUGCCUCAACCCGUUUUACCCUUCCAAUACCUCACCUUGAUCGCUUGGUUGGUCUUCCUCUAUCAGUGUGUCUUCCAUUGGAUCCCAAGUUUCUGGGGCUUCACCUGGAUUGUGCUCAGUUCCGCCCUCAUGGUUGUCAUUAGUCGGUUUACCUAUGGAAUGCAAGAGAUUGAGAUCCAACUGGAGAAGCAUGGACUCUUUGGCAUGUUGUACCAAUGCUGGUUCUCUCUGCCAAGGAAGUCAGACUGAUCAUGACCUUGAGACGCAAAAAUUGAUACCUGUUCUUCAUUUCCAUGCACUUAACUCUACGUAUUGGUUCACGGCAAUCCGAACCAAACCACCCUUGUCUACAAUAUGAAAUGUAAUUGGACACUUCAGAUGAAGCAAUAAGAUUUUGACGUAAAAA